CCGCCGCCUCCUCUCAGCUCCUUUCCUCCUUUAUCCAUUCUUUCCUUUCCCCCACAGUGACAGCAGUUGCCCCGACUGCCCCACCCCCUGAGAGCUCUGCGUGCAAAAAAAAUUACUAUUUGUUAAAUAACAAAAAAUUAAAUCGGCUCAGCUCAUCUUGAAGCCCAUCGUUAGGGAUUGCUGUGGAGUGAAGUGUAGUGACUGUGUGUUUGGAGGUGAACGGUGCGGCCACUGCACUAUAGUGAUGUCCCCAUAAGCAUGAAAAUGGCUCCAAACGUUUUGCAGCGCGUUACAUGUUGAGCCCUUCCUCCUAAAGCCGCAGAAUGCCUCAUAAAAUCGGAUUUGUUCCUGUAAGCUCGUCUGGCCAUGAAGAUGGCUUCAGUGCAAAUGAGUUGAUGGUGCAUGCGCCCACUGUCAAUGGCUGGCGGUCUCCAAGGUUCUGUAUGUACCCCCAAGAGAUUGUCCUACAGAUGGUCGAGCGCUGUCGGAUACGCAAACUGCAGCUGCUUGCUCACCAGUACUUCAUUUCCACUAAAAUCGAGCUGUACAUCAGCCAAAGUCUUCCUGAUCAUUUUGGGUCCCACUACCACACCGAGCGGUUCCGCAGGCUGGGGUAUAUUUCCCUGUCAGAUAAUGAAAAAACUGGAUUCAAAGCACGGGAGCUUAAGUCUGUUCACGUUGAUGCAAUUGGGCAGUAUCUGAAGCUAAGCUUCCAUAAAAACCACACCAACAGAUACAACUUGUACAACCAGGUUGCUUUGGUAGCUGUGAAUAUUAUUGGCGAUCCAGUGGAAAAUAAUGAGGCCAGCACAACUCCUACUAAAGAUAAACUGAUUGAUCAUUACCUUGGACACAGGUCUGAUGACCCUGCAUUGGAUGCAACCCGUUACAGUAAGCAGGAGGUUAUAUCUCCUCUGGAUGAUCUGGCGUUUGACAUGUACCAGGACCCAGAGGUCGCCCAGAUCAUCCGUAAAGUGGAUGAGAAGAAGCACGAAGCAGUUAAACAUGAGCGCUAUGAUUAUGCCAAGAAAUUGAAGCAAGCUAUAGCUGAUCUUCAGAAGGUCGGGGAACGCCUGGGCCGGUAUGAAGUGGAGAAGCGCUGCGCAGUGGAGAAAGAAGACUAUGAUCUGGCUAAGCAGAAGAAGCAACAAAUGGUUGAAUACAGGCAGAAAGUCUACCAGCAGCUCGAGCUACACAAUCUGCUGGAUCUCGGAAUGAUCAGGCGGCAGCCUGAACUUCCCCUCGAGCCCCUGGACUACCUCAGCAUCUCACAGCACCAGCCCAGGUCACAGGGCUCUGUUAGGCAGAGGACUGAACAGCCAACUGUGAAAGCGUUGUGUGGGGAAUCGUCACCGCAACAGAACCCCAAGCCCUCCACAAAACCACAGUGGUCCUCCACUCCACGGCAGUCUCCCACUCCACCUGAUAGAUCGCCUUCUCCCAGGGUGGAGAGUAUCUCUCUUCCUUACGAUGAGCGGCCCUUACCAGCUCAACGCAAGCAGCCUGACAUGCACAGUGAUCCUCACGUGGAUCCUAAUGAAUUGUCUCCAGCAGACACAGAGCCAUUGAGUACGUCGGGAAGUGGUAUGACUGGGGAGCCAGAACCACUGACAGAGAAAGCACUUCGAGAGGCUAGUUUUGCUAUUGAUGUAUUUGGAGAGGCUUUGGUGGCUGGUGCCUAUUCUAAGACCUGGUCAUACAGAGAAGAUGCUUUGCUCGCUGUCUAUAAGAAACUAUCCACUAUCGCCGUUGGUGUUCCCAAGGAUGAAAUGAAGAACAAUUUGAGAGCAGCAAUCUUCCUUGUUCGAAGGGCCAUCGGAGACAAAGUGUCAUCAGUCUUCCAAGCCUCUCUGAAACUGUUGAAGAUGCUGAUUACAGACUAUGUUCCCAAACACAAACUGGGCAAAAUUGAAAUCGCACAUUGCAUUGAGAGAACCUUACCCAAUCUUCUCAGCAAGACUGGUGAUGCCACAACACAUCUUCGCAUGACUGCUAUGAGUUUUAUCCAGGAAAUGGCACUGUUGAAAGAAGUGCGACCCCUGAACAUUAUCCCGCCCCAGUUAAUGCAGCCUCUGAAGUCGCAGGUUCCAGUCCGUUUGGUAAUAAAUCAGAUUGAGUUGGUGGAACGCUUACUGAAUGAAUUGGGGACAGAUAACACUGGCUUCACUGCAGACAACGUGAUGAGAUUUGCAGCUGGAGCUUUGGAACAUACUGCCUCAGAGGUCCGAGAUACUGCUGUAAGGAUUGUCCUCGCUCUUUAUCGACAGCAUGGUAGUGCCAUCUUACCCUUCCUUCCACCGGAUGAUGCGAAUACACGCAGGAACGUUCUAUACAAAUCACUGUUUGACGGGUUUGCCAAAAUCGAUGGGAGACCAACUGAGGCGCAGCUGCGGGCACAGAAAAAAGCAGCAGCAGGAGAAGCCGAUAGACGGAAAAAGGAGCAGAUAAGGGCCCUUCAGGAACAGCUGGCGGUGUUGAAAGAGAUGCAAGCAGAGGUGCAGGCCGAGAAGGGAAAAGAAAUGGAACAUGGUAAAGUUGCCCGAACAGAUGACGGUGGAAAGAAACCCCCCCUCUCCCAGUCCAACAUUGGGGAUGACCAGUCUUCAGUGGCCAAUUAUUUGGACAAUUUGUGCAUAUUCUGUGGGGAGAGAGAUGAAUCGUUUACUGACGAGGGCUUGGACAUCCAUUACUGGAAGCAUUGCCCGAUGCUAAGACGCUGUGAACAUUGCAAACAGGUAGUGGAAAUAGCCAGCCUGACGGAACACCGAAUGACUGAGUGCGACAAGAAGGAAAGCUUCGGCAAAUGCCAUCGAUGUGGUGAAGCCGUGAUGAGGGAUGAACUUCAGGAACACCUCAGGGUCAAGAACUGCAAUGCUGCCAAGCCUGAAAAAGUAGCCAACCACUGUCCACUAUGCCACGAGAAUUUCCAACCGGGAGAGGAGGUCUGGAAAGUACAUCUCAUGGGGAGAGAGGGCUGCAAAUUAAACCCCCGUAGGAUACAGGCAUUACAGAGGACCCAGCACCUCCAGCAAGCAAAAUUGGGAGCAUCGCCUGUUUCCCGGCCCAUUCCCAUAGCAGUGAAAAGGCGGUCACCAACCUCGGGCAGUAAAAUCCCAGCUCCCAAAGCCGGACUGAACAAAGCCAGACACAAGACACAAGUUUAUCGAUGACCUCACUCGAUGCAGAGGCCACAGUGCAGCUUCAAGCCUGAUAUAUAACCUCUGGUGGAGAGGAAGGGAGGGGAGAGAUCAGAAGGGGAGAGAGACAGAGGGAUGUAGGUCCCCACCUGGCCCGAUCGCCGUGAUGUUCAAGAAGUGUGGCUGUUAACCGUGAAAGUCGACAUAGAGAAAAGAACCUACAGAGAAACUAGUCAGUGCGAGGUGGAUGAUAGCAUUGCUUUGUGUAAAAUGGGUGUUGGAAGAGGAAACUGCAAGUUUAUUUAAAGCUACAUUGUGAAAUUACCGUGAAAUUACUCAAGAAACGCAUUUGAAGAGAAAAUGGGCUUUAGUUUCGAUAUGUAUGUAUAGAUAUAUAUAUUCACACCCAGUGUGGUGAAGCAUAAAUACUCAGUUGUUUAUGUUCAAAAUGUGUUUGAAACCUCUGCUGUUUACUUCCUCGCCGAACGAUGAGAUCGCUAUCUGAACAACUUUAGUUUUGCUCGACUUGGCUCCCAGGCAGCUCAGCCAUCUGCUCAAUGAUCCUCCGAGUGAAACUCAGCAAUCGUUCUUCUCACCCACUCCCACUUGGACGUGCAUGAGCAUUCACACGUGAAAACAAAUUGCCUCCUUUACCAUCAAGCAAUGUACAGUUGGUGCUCGAUCGAUGCCUUAACUUAAUGUGCUCAACUGUCAAAAGUUAAGAAACAUUGAGAAUUCAUCUAUUGCAGUGCAAUGGGACAAACAAUGGGACAAACUGGCCACUGUUGGUACCUGAUUGUUUCCAUGUCUAGGAACUUUAUCCCUAAAAUCAGUGGUCAUGGCAAACCUCCACUUCAGAAGUUGUGUGGGAGGCAAUUGCGUGAGUGCCUCUGGAGCUGAAUUUGUGGUCGUCUGUGAGGGUUGUGUGUUGGUCACCUGGGGCAGGGAUUUUUCCCACUCAACUCAUUAGCCCUGCAAGCCAGAGCUCGAACGGAUAGGGUGUUCCAAGCUGGACAAACAUCGAGAAGCUCACCGAAUAAUUUUAUAUGUGGGUUUAGCUGAUAGAGUGAGCAUUCCAUUCCAGACACAGACAUUUUUCUGUGUAGGCGACAUACAUACAUGGAACUCCGUGUCAUUUGGAUAGUGUUAACCACAUGUGUGAGACACCCAGCUGACCAAAUCAAAGAAGCACCAUUCUCCUUCAGAAAGGCGUGUGGUUCGUGGGACUCGCACAGGAGCUGCUCCUGUGAACACCAGAAGGCUGAUAAUCCUCGCUUUAAACUUCAGACUAUUGUACAGUUUAAGAUCGAAUUUUCACUUACCAUCUGAAAGGGAUAUGCUGUGUCAACCCAUCAUGUGAUGCAUGAAAAUAAAUUGGUUAGCCCGUUAACAACAACAGCCCUCCACACAUCUCAGAGCAUUAAGAGCUCGUUAUAGCUCAGCAUUAGAGCUGCCAGUACCACACUCACAGGAAGGUAGUGUUAAUGAUAAUGCAAAUGCGAUUUGCAGCUUCAAUUUUUUUAAAUCUCCUUAGUUUAGGGAACUUAAAGGUGAUGUUAAGCUUUGAGACAGCUGCAGCCUUUAACUGUUAUUCCUCUCGCAUUUGACGGUCUUGCUCUGAAGAAUUUUAAACGACAAUUUGAAUUCUGGCGAUUUGCAAACUGGUGCCAAACAUCCUGACAUGUAACACAGUUACUAAGACAUCCAUUCAUUUAUCGUGGAGCAGUUUCUUUCCUUUCGGGUUUGAAGUCACAGCAGUUAAAUCGCCUCAAUAAUCAGUUCAGUUCAUUUCUAAAUAGUUCUGAAAGUAAGCAAUAUUUUUGUAGUUACAAGUGGUAUUUUGACAUUCAGAUUGACUUUCAAUGUACAAUGCUUCAAGACACUUAGUUGAGUUUUAAAUUAUUAUGACUAUUCAGUGUACAGCAAUGUGUGUGAGUGGGGGGUGUGAUAUAUGAAUGUUUGAUUCCUGAUUUACAUAAGUACAGUAUAUUUAAAUAAAGUAAGUGAAAACCUAUUUAAUAUUAA